AUGCGCUCUACCAUUAUCCUCGCUGCUUUGGCAGCAAGCUGUGUUAGUGCCUAUGAGAAACGCGUCGUCGUGACCGACUGGUCGGAGGUCAUUGUCACCAAAACUGUGACUGCUCCCGCUGUUACCGAGACCCUCCCUCCCGUCCAGAAGCAACAGGUUGUUUACGAGACUGAGACCGAGGAUGUUGCCAACGGUGCUGCCAACGGUGCUGCCAUCCCCACUGAGCACACCGACCUGGCCAAGAAGUCAACCGUCGUUCCCGAAGCCACCACUGCUCCCGCUCCUGCUCCUCCCGCCGAAACUUCCUGGUGGUCGACUGCCUCAACCUGGGAAGUUACCUCUACUGCCCAGCCCGCACCAUCCACCCUCGCCACGUCCACCGCCACUGCCCCGGCUCAGCCUUCCGCUACCGGCGCCAACUCUUAUCAGCAGGCUGUUCUGUACAACCACAACAUUCACCGCAGCAACCACUCUGCUCCCUCUGUUGACUGGGACAAUAGCCUUGAGCAGAGCGCUCACGUCCUGGCCGCUCGCUGUGUCUACGAGCACGACACAUCCAUCAACGGUGGGAACUACGGCCAGAACAUUGGCUAUGGUACCUCGGCUGAAGAUGUUGGUGUGAUGAUCACGAACAUGAUGUACAACGACGAAAUUGGCUUCUUCCCCGAGCCUUACGGCGAGGCCUCCCCUAGCAUGUCCGAUUUCGACAAGUGGGGCCACUUCUCCCAGAUUGUCUGGAAGAGCACCACCCACGUCGGCUGCGCUACUGUUACCUGUAACAACCUGGGCAACGUCGACUCCAGUGAGCCCGUGCCAUUCACCGUCUGCAACUACUCCCCGGUGGGCAACGUUGCCACUGAAUACGGCGCCAAUGUCCUUAAGCCCAAUGGUGCCGCCACCUACACCGCAUAA